AUGUUUUCUACAGAAUCUGCUCUAUUAAACUCCGAACAUUCACCAAUUCAUGUAAGGAAUGGCUUUUUACAUGAAUUUAUAUUUUAAAAAUUCAGGUUACCAGAAAUCGUUUCAAAAUCCUUGUAAGUGGUGAUGAAAAAAGUGGCAAAUCUUCGUUUAUUCGAAGACUUUCUGAAAAUGCGUUUUCCGAAAACGAACAAGUUUCGAAAAAUUUGCUAAACGUUGUUACAAGGGCAAUUGGUGGUGAAAUAGUUCGAGCAGAGUUAGAAGAAGUUGGUGAGAGCAAAACAGAGUUUUCCCCAAAGAGAAAAAAAAUUGUUUACACAUACAGAUAUCCAAGAAUUUUUGACUGAUGAUAAUUCAAUUCGAGACUGGUUGGAUGUUCGAGCUUUGAUUCUUCUCUAUAAUUCAACAAGUCUGAAAUCCUUUAAAGUUCUAAAAGAGGAAAUGCCACUAAUUCAACGAAAAUUGCCUCCAAAUUCUUCAAUAACAUUAGUUGGAACAAAUGCUGACAGAAAAACUGAGAGAAUUGUUUCUUGGAAAAUAUCUGAAGAAUUUGCUGAAGAGCAAGGAUUUUCUUUAUUUGAAAUAAGUUCUAGAACUGGUAUAAAUUGUGAAAGUGUUCUGGAAGAAGUUUUGGAUUCGAUUAUUGAACGAGAAUUUGCGGAAGAAGAAACUAGAGAUAUCACUGAGCAACCUGUAAGCUUUUUUUCACUUUUUUUUCAAAUCUGAACAUUUGCAGGUAUAUCAAAGUACAGUAGAACCUGGAAGAGAAAACGACAACGAGCGACGUUUCAAUUUAUUUUGUUGGGUUCCGAAAAUCCCAUAUUUUUCAACAUAA